GGAAGCGUGCCAAUGGCUAAAAAGGCUGCGUGUGCGCGCAUGUGAUAUGUACCGCCUGCCGACGCUUUUAUUUAAAACAUUAUAUUUUCUUAGGUUAACUACGUAGCUGUAACAAUGUCAACUGUGCGAGUUAAUCUGUCGGCAGACGUGUACAUGGUCUGCCUGAGCCAUGCGCUUUCUACGGAGAAGGAAGAGGUCAUGGGACUUCUCAUCGGAGAGAUCGACGAAACGAAGGUGGCCCACAUAUCCGCGGUGAUCCUGCUACGGAGAUCCGACAAGCGGAAAGACCGCGUCGAAAUUUCGCCUGAGCAACUCUCGGACGCUUCUACACAGGCAGAGACGCUUGCGAUAAACUUGAGGAAACCGAUGAGGGUGUUAGGCUGGUACCACUCUCACCCGCACAUCACUGUAUGGCCAUCGCACGUAGAUGUCCAAACCCAAGCCAUAUAUCAAAUGAUGGACGAAGGGUUUGUUGGCCUCAUAUUUUCGGUCUUCAGCGAAGACGCAACCUCUAAGUUGAACCAGGUCCAGGUCACAUGCUUCCAGUCUGUCAACCAGGCCAGCAACGGUGAGCCCCAGAGGUAUGUACGAAUGGAAAUCCCCCUGCACAUUGUCCCCAGCACGCACAUCAGCAAUGCUUGCCUGGAUGCCCUCGUGCGACUGCCCGAGAUCCUUUGCCAGGAGGAGCAAGACAUGUACAGCCUGACUAAGCAGGUGCCGGGUUUAGACCUUCUCACCAGAAUGCACAACAACUCGGUCUUCGUCAAGGCUCUGUGCAACAUCGCAGAAUCUGUGAGCGGUCCACUGCUCCAGAGCCUGGAGAACCGGUUGCGGCAGAACCGAGACAAGAUCGAGCGGAUGCGUGCCGAGAAGGACGAACUCCUGCAAAAGAUUGCAUUGGCCGAGGCGUGCGCAUCUGCACAGGCUCUCCUGAAGAGUCCAGCCCAGUCAGUGGGAACAAAGCAGUGAUGCAUACAUGCCCGUUACACUGGGAAAGGAUGACACACUGAUGUGAACUAUGGAGAUAUAAAGGUUUCUUUUUUUUUU